GGGAUUACUAUUAGCUAAUAAAAAAAGCGAGCAAAAAGAGCAUGGAGUUUGAGGAUCAACAACACAGCGGCGGAAAUGGGACGGGGCCGAGUUACGACUCACUGUCCAACUCGAAUUCAGCUCACCCCAGAAUGCCCGAAGACGACGACAACGGAGGAGGAGAUUUGCCGGUGACGGAGCCGCCGCUGCAGAUGCGGAAGCCGCGCUACCGAGAGUGCCAGAAGAAUCACGCGGUGGGAAUCGGCGGCCACGCCGUCGACGGCUGCGGGGAGUUCAUGCCCGCCGGUGAAUACGGCACCCUCGACGCCCUCAAGUGCGCCGCCUGCAACUGCCACCGAAAUUUCCACCGCAAGGAGAUCAAUACCGCCGCCGCCCUUAUCCCCGUCGGCUACCACCACCACCACCGCGCUCCGUCUGGCUACCUCCACCACCACCACCACCACCACCACGCGCCGCUGCAGAGGCCCCUGGCCCUCCCCUCCAUCUCCGGCAGCGCGUACCGGGAGGAGAUGGAAGAACUGGACCUGGACAUGGACACCGCGACUCCCAACAGCGGCGGCGGCGGGUCGAAAGGGAAGCGGUUCAGGACAAAGUUCACAGAGGUGCAGAAGGAGAAAAUGGUGGAGCUGGCGGAGCGAUUAGGGUGGCGGAUUCAGAAGGAGAGCGAGGAAGCUGUGGAGCAGUUCUGCAUCGAGUACGGUGUUAGAAGGCACGUGUUCAAGGUUUGGAUGCAUAACAACAAGCACACUGUCGCUAAAAAAACCCUAGAACAAAACAACAACAACAACACCACCAACCAACCAGACCAAGAUCCUCCUCGUAUAUGAUCCAUAUCUAUCAAUCUAUCUACCUAUGUAGUAUGCAUUAUAUUUCAGUUUCCAUUAAGAGUACUAAUUAAGUAUCUAGUUAAGCUAGCUAGCCCAGAUGUUUUGUAAGUAGCUAGCUUAGAUUGUCUAUCUCUGGCCUUAGCUUGCUGCUGGGAUUUAUGCUUUAAUUUUCUCCAUCAUUAACCCAGUGUUGAAACCUAGCUAGCUCUAUGUCAAUCAAAAUGAUGAAUUUAGGUGUUAUUGUUUAGUAUAUCUACCUGUUUCCUUUACUAUAUAUUAUGAUGUUUCAUAUACAU